CACGCGCCACCACACUUGUGGCAGAUAUUCCGACCACCCGACAGCCACCGAACAGCCAGUGCCAUCAUCGCAUCAAGCUCCCUCCAUCAAUCCUCCCGCAAAACAACGCACCUCCCACCCGAUCCAACCAUGUCUCUGGCGUCAAGAGUCCUAUCCAGCAGCAGCCGCGCGCUGGCUGCGCGAAGCUUCCACACCUCCGCCCGACGAAUGGCCGACGCCGCGCCUCUCCCGGCCCGCAAGCCCAUGGGAGCUUUCCGUGGAGGUCUCUUCGGCUUCCUCCUCGGCAGCUUCCUGUCCGGUGGCGCCGCCUACAGCUACCUCCUCAAGGAGUACAAGACCUCCAACGACCUGCUAACCGAGGAUAUCUACACCCUCCAGGCCUCCGUUACCCGUCUGAGCAACUACGUCCAGAACCUCGAACAGAAGUCCCAGGGAAAGAAGUAAUGGAAUUCGGAGCUCAAGGAAAUGUAUAAAAGAUCGGAUAGGGCGGGCUCUCCUAAACUCCCAGGAUAGUUGGGGUGGAACCAAUAAGUGAGGGUUCCGUCGGUGCCCAUCGUCCAAUUGUACCAUCGAGCCGUUGAGAACGCGGGGAGCCCAUUUGUGUACGUAUCUACCUACCUACCUAUGCUACACUACGAAUACGACUGUUUAUCCCAAUGCAUUCUCGAGUCUGGUCUAGCGGAUUACAAUAAGGCGACAUGUCACAGAUUACAUUUCACUGCGCAUACCAUUAACGGACG